AUUUAUGUCCCAUAGCCUACACGCAUCGAUAAGAACUAUACAUCAUACGUUCAUUUACGCUUAACAUUUAAAUGUGAAUGCGUUAGUCACACCAUGCCAUUAGAAUUACAUUGUAAAGAAAUGUCGAGAGUUUCUCCCUAUGUAAACGUUCCAAGUUUGCAUAGCUCCGUGCUCGAUUGCUCUUCCUGGCUACAUCAUCAUGUGAUUGUCUCCUUGUUUGUAGGGAAUUUCCAAUGUCAGAGCCUUGAGCUGACGCUGAGCUCGGCGGCCACGACAUUGCACCUGGCGCUGGGCUCGCAGGUGAUUCCGGGAACGGGACAACACCUCCACCUGUCGCCUUCAUCAAUGGGCCACCUUGUCCGUUCAGAAUGUGGACAGUCAGCAGAGAAUUGUAUGUGUCCUACCUGGGCGAGUUGACCUCAGAGGCAGGGAUUGAACUGCAGUCAGAUGAACCUCCACAGUCCCCUUCUGCUGGAGAAUGACAUGUCAUCCCUCCAUACCAGUGUGGCGCUCCCCUGUCUCCCCUCCCUCCCAGGGGCCUGAGGCUGCCCCUGCCCCCCUGUCUGCUACUGGAGGAAGACCAGGAACCACUGGAGUCUCAUACACUGACAGAGCCAAAGAAACGUAAAGGGUGGGUGGCCGAAGGAAAAGAAGAGGAAACCUCAGAGAUAGUUAACAGCACCCAGAGCUCCAACAACAGGGACAGACGAAUAUCCAGCCAGUGAUGUAGAUGAGGAUGAUGAAGUUACAUAUGGAAGGCUGUGUGGGGUUGAAGAGCAACGCCUGAUUCUCCUGCACUUCCUCAUCCACUCUGAGCCGUGCCCUCUAAUUGGGCGGCCGGAGCACGAUGUCAUCGACCACACCCACCUCAGCCCCGCCUUCCAAGAAGACGCGUGGGAAGGAGAGGACGGAGGGCAUGGGUGACUCGCCGCAGACAGCCAAUGAGGAGCUGAGGAGCAAGCUGAUGGAUAUCCAGAUAGAACUGCAGCAGGAGAAGGGCAAGGUCUCUAAGCUGAGAGAGCGUCUCCAGGAGCAGAGGCAGGCCAGGGAACUGGAACAACACAAACACACGGUGGUCCUCACCGACCUCCGCGCCAAACUGCACGAGGAGAAGCUCCGCGAGCUGGCCACCGCUCGCGAGGUGUUGGCACGGCAACACGAGUUGGAGCUAUCGCGUACCAUUAAGAUCCGCGACGGGGAGGUGCAGCGGCUCCAGGGGCUGGUCCACGCUCUGAGGGACGGGGCGGCUGACAAACUGAAGAGCGCCCUGCUAGGAGAGGCCCGGGAGGAGGCCAGGAGGGCCUUCGAUGGGGAGAGACUCAAACUGCAGCAGGAGGCCCUGAAGCAGGAGACUGCACGGAAGCAGGUUGAGGAGGCCCUGGCUAACGCACUGCAGGCAGACAAGGCCAAAGCAGCCGACCUCCGAACAGCCUACCAGCAGCACCAGGAUGAGAUCAACCGCAUCAAGAGAGACUGUGAGCGAGACAUCCGAAGGGUGAUGGAUGAGUUGAAGGGGAAGGACCGUGUGGUUUCUGCGUUGGAGAGGGAGCUGGGGGUGCAGGCAGGUUACGCCCAGAAGCUCCAGCUGCAAAAGGAGGCUCUGGACGAGCAGCUGGGCCAAGUCAGGGAGGCAGAGAGGCACCAUGGCAGCCCCAAGAGAGAGGUGGUCCCUACCCUGGGGGAUACCCAGGACUAUAUCAACAACCAGGAGGUGGAAGAUCUUCGGGAUGCAAGGAGGUUCCAGCUGAAGAUAGCUGAGCUCCACUCUGUUACCAGGAAGCUGGAGGACAGGAACACGCUGCUGGCUGAUGAGAGGAACGAACUGUUGAAGCGGGUGCGUGAGGCAGAGAGUCAGAUGAAGCCCCUGUUAGAUAAGUAUAAGAGGAUGUCGAAGAAGAACGAUGACCUCCUGCAGACUCUGCAGCGCAUGGAGGAGAAACUCAAGAACCUCAGCAGAGAGAACGCAGAGAUGAAGGAGAAGGUGCACUCUCGUUCCCAGCAGCCCCAGCCCCAGCAGCUGAAGAGGCCUACCUCUCUGACAGACCUAAGCCAUGCCCACGAGGAACAGGAAGUAGAGUUCCUCAAGCUACAGGUUGCCGAGCAACGAGGCAUCAUCGACGAACUCACGCAGGAACGUGACAGACUGAUGCUCUGCAAAAAUAACCGAAGAAGAACCCUCAAGCUACCACCUAAGAGGCAUGUUGUGGAGACGUAUUUUGGAUUUGAUGAGGAGUCUGUGGACUCUGAGACGUCCUCUCUGACCUCUUACGUCACCGACCUCACAGACCGCACCCCCGCUACGCCCGAGGAGGACCUGGAGGACGGUGUAUCUCGUGAAGAGGCAGAGCUGAGGUUCAGACAGCUGACCAGAGAGUACCAGGCUCUCCAGCGGGCCUACGCCCUCCUACAGGAACAGGCUGGGGGGUCGCACGACGCUGAGAGAGAAGCCAGGAACCGUGAGCAGUUGCAGGCGGAUCUGAUUGGCUGCCAGGCGAAGAUCGCCGACCUGGAGAAGGCAUUGGCCGAGAGGGGGCAGGAUUCUAAGUGGGUGGAGGAGAAGCAGUACCUCAUCAGGGCCAAUCAGGAACUCCACGACAAGAUGUGUGUGUUACAGCAGGCUGGGUCGAAGCUACAGGCGGAGGUGCAGGAUGCGAGGGACCAGAAUGAGCUGCUGGAGUUCAGAGUCCUAGAGCUGGAAGAGAGGGAACGAAGGUCUCCAGCCAUGGGCUUCCACAUGACUACCUUCCCAGAGAACACCAACAGUGCUCUGCAGAUAUACUGCCACCAGGAGGGCAUUAAGGACGUGGUUAUUCCAGAUCUGAUGAAGAAGCUGGAUAUCUUGGGAGAUAAUGGAAACCUGCGUAAUGAGGAGCAGGUUGUUGUCAUCCAGGCGGGGACGGUUCUCUCAAUGUGUGAGAAGUGGUUAAAGCAGAUAGACAGCACAGAGGCAGCCCUGACCCAGAAGAUGAUUGACCUGGAGAAUGAGAAGGACCUGUUCAGUAAGCAGAAGGGCUUCCUGGAGGAGGAGCUGGACUACAGGAAGCAGGCCCUGGAUCAGGCCUACAUGAGGAUCGCGGAGCUGGAGGCUACGCUGUAUAACGCUCUGCAGCAGGAGCCCGGUGGGCGCGCGGUGGCAGAGUCUCUGUCGGACAGGCAGAGGGAGGAGCUGGGGCUAGCCGUGGACAAACUGCGGAGGCAGAUACUCAGGCAGAGCCGCCAGUAUGACAGUCAGAUCUUACAGGAGCGCAUGGAGCUGCUACAGCAGGCCCAGCAGAGAAUAAGACAGUUGGAAGACAUGAUUGAGAUGCAAAAGAGACAAGUAAAGGAAAUAGAAGAAAAGUUUUUGUUCCUCUUUUUGUUUUUCUCUCUAGCUUUUAUUCUUUGGCCUUAAUGACACUGACUGACAACAGGUGCUAAGGCACUCAGGUGGAGAGUGAGGAAGAGAAACACAACAUAUUUGUUUUUUCAUGCAUUUUUAGAUGGUUCACAGACCUUAUAUGGCCUUUUUGAUAAACAUGCACUUUUGUGGAAGACCCUUACCUGGAAUGCAAAACAAAACCAUGACUUUGAAAAGUGAACAAAUAUCAGAGACAUGUAAAGAGGUAUAUCAGUGUUUUUUAUAAAGGUAGUCUCCCAUACCAUUUCUGGAAGUGGAACAUUAAUGUGGAAGCCAAACUCUAAUGUGAGUCCUAAAAAGCAUGAUCAUUGUGCCUGGAACACCUGAAGCAGGUCAAUGAAGAAACUGAGAAACUGAGAUGGAGACAGUGCCUCAGAUGGAUUUAGAGCCAGACAACAAAAGAGUGCAAUCGGAGAGGAGGAGAAGGAGGAUAAAUAAUUGAUUGAAGAAAGCUGGAGGAUGUCCUAACACAGACUAGCCAAGUCCUGGGCACUGGACAUUCCCAGAAAGCUCAGUGCAGGAGGGUCUCCAUGGAAACGGCUGUCAUGGCCAAGUUCAACGAGCAAGAAGUGAAAGCUCUUUUCUCCGGAGUUGGGGGACACCAGAGGACUACUGGGACAGAAUGAGUCACCGGUCUGUGGAACACAACAACAAAUCCUCAGUAGGAUCAGAGAGUUGGUGUCAGAGCAGAGCCUGCUACAGAAGGUGGAGGACCUCACAGCCAACUCAGUCCUCCACUCUCCCAGCAUGCAGCAGCGCCAGAGGCUGGACGAGCGGCUCCAUGCGCUCCAUGUCCCAGGAGCGUAGGAAUCGUGUGUGGAGGGAGAGGCUACAGGUCUGACAGGCCCAGCUCAGGGCUAAAGAAGAGGAGAUGGGUCGCCAGUCUUAGUACAUUGAGCACUUUAAGAGCCAGCUGCAGCUCAAGCUAGGCCUGGACAGAGACAAGGAGCAGGCCUGGCCAGAGUCCACCAGCUGGAGAGACAGGUUCUGGAGAUGUCUGGAUCUGCAGCCACUCUCAACGCAACUAGCGUCAACUCCGUUACUGCAGCAAAUGUCAACCCCGUCACGGUACCAACCUCAGGCCAACGGAGGACAGAGACAGAGUCCGAGAGACUGGCCCACCCAAGGGAGGAAGGAGGGGAGGAGGACGGGGAGGGUGAGGAGGAAAAUACACAGUGGAGACACUACGGACAGCAUUUCCAGCAGAAGUAGGGAGGGAAUGAAAGAGAGGAGGAGGGGGAGAGUGCGGGGGGUGAGGCCACACUGAGACGUUUCAUCCUCAGCCUCCAGGAGGACCUCAGGGGGCUGGCGGAGGGGGCUGAUAGAACAGCUGCAGGAAGCGCAGGAGAACGGCCACUUCCUGUCGUGUAAGGUGGAGUAGAUGAGGACGGUGGUCGACAGGUUCAAACUGACUGAGAGCUCCCUGACGGAGGAGGUGGAGGAGCUGCAGGAGGAGAACCAGACACAGAGUAAGAGGCUCAGCCACACCCUGAGACAGAUCAACCACAGCCCGGGCUCUACUGACCCAAGCCCCAUCCCUGUCUCUACCGCCAGAACUAGCUCUGGUGCCAGCCCAGCAGACUCCAGCCCCAGCCUGGCUACCGCCCUGCCAACACCCCUGCCUUGGCUCAACCAGUCCCCUGCCCUGUGGACAACACUGACCCGGUGAGUGAUGAAAGCUCACCGCAACUCCAACCCAGAAUGAUACUAUCCUAGCAUUACCCAAUGAUUACCUAUCCCUGUAUGGCUUAGCCCAGGAUGACCUAGCCCUAGCCUUGAACCAGGAGAACUGGGCACUGAGGGGGAUAGUGAGGACGGGGAUAGUGAGAGGAAGCUGGUCCAGGAGGGAUAUAGUGAGAGGAAGCUGGUCCAUCUCAGGCUGCAGGUUUCCAUGCUUGAGAGCGAGAGUACCAGGCUGGAGCAGGAGAACCAGGAGCAGGGAGGUCUCAUCACCGAGCUGACCAGGAAGACCGAGGAUGACCUCAACACUAUCAUGGAGCCGCAGUAGAGACUGACUGAGAGCGGUCAGCUAGGCCUACAACAGGGUGACCAUGGUUUGACCUCUGAGUCAGAGUGCGGUCAAAAGGGUGAGCAUGCGGUUGGGUCAGUGUACGCACAACAGGGUCAACCCCCGGUAGGGUUCGUGACCAGUCUACAAGGUGAUCACAUGCCAGAGUCAAUGAAUAGUGGUGAACUACAGAGUGACCACACGACCGCGUCAGUUAGGGGUCAAAAGGAUGACCAUUUGACCACAGAGUUAGUGUGCAAGCUUAGAGAGGAGAGAGAUCAGUUAAUUGGGUCUCUCAGUGAUCUCAAAGAGGAAAGAGAACAGUUUGCCCUCUCACUCAACAGUCAGACAGAGGAGAAACACCAGCUAACACAGCUCCAUGUGGGUUCUGAAAGAAGAACGUGACCAGGUCAAUCAGGAACUCUGUGGUUUAAAAGAAGAGAAAGAACAGCUAGACAAGGUUCCUCUGUGGUCUGAAAGAUGAAAGAGACAAGGUGGUGUGGUCAAUGUGUUGUUUAAAAGAGGAGAGAGACCAGCUAGUUCAGUCAAUGUCUGGUUUCCAGGAGGAGAGAGACAAGCUAGUUCAGUCAAUGUCUGGUUUCCAGGAGGAGAGAGAGACAAGCUAGUUCAGUCAAUGUCUGGUUUCCAGGAGGAGAGAGACAAACUAGUUCAGUCAAUGUCUGGUUUCCAGGAGGAGAGAGACAAGCUAGUUCAGUCAAUGUCUGGUUUCCAGGAGGAGAGAGACAAGCUAGUUCAGUAAAUGUCUGGUUUCCAGGUGGAGAGAGAGACAAGCUAGUUCAGUCAAUGUCUGGUUUCCAGGAGGAGAGAGACAAGCUAGUUCAGUCAAUGUCUGGUUUCCAGGAGGAGAGAGACAAGCUAGUUCAGUAAAUGUCUGGUUUCCAGGAGGAGAGAGACAAGCUAGUUCAGUCAAUGUCUGGUUUCCAGGAGGAGAGAGACAAGCUCUCGCAGUCUCUCUGCAGUCAAAAAGAUGAGAGACCAAGUAAACAAGUCACUCCACGAUCUCGAAAAAGAGAGAGACAAGUUGAUGCAAUCAAUGUGUGGUUUAAAGGCACAGAGAGACCAGCUAACACACACACACUCAGCCAUCUAGAGCAGGAAAGAGACAAACUGUCAUCUCUCUGCUUUCAAACAGAAGACAGAGACCAGGUCGACCAGUUUAAAAAAAGAUCGAGAGCAGUUGGUUCAGUUAAAUGGAUGUUCUGAGCAAACAGAGAGAGCAGCUCACAGCGGAGAGAGACCAGAUGGACGUCGCUGCUUUACGGAAUCAGCUGCUGUUACAGGGGCAGAGUCACAACCCGCAGUACUCUGAGACCACGUUGGCAUGGCAACACACAUAGAGGGCAUGGCUACAGAGAGAAGGGUCGCUGCGCCAAAUACAAGACCAUCCGUCUGGGGCAGUCUGCACAGGAACACUUGGAAGAUGUGACAGAGGUGGAGCAGAGUGAACUGAUGGAGGAGAUCAAGUCGUUGGGGGCAGAACACAAGGUCACAAGAGGAACUGGAGAAGGCCCAAUCAGAGGUGGGAGAGGUGAAGAGCAGACUAGCGGGUCUGGAGAGAGAGAAGACUGAUGCCAUCUUACUCAGGACCCAGAUAGAAGAGAACUUCAACUUGCUUCAGGCUGAACUUAAAGCCAAGUGUUGAUCUAAAGGAGCUGAGUUCAGAGUACAUUUCCCUGAAGAGAGACCAGGGCAGCAGAGAGGAGUGGGGCGACACACUCACCUCACUGAGGGUGCGCUAUGAUGACAUCAGAUCUAAGUACAAUGUUCUUCUGAGAAAGAAGAGCCAGAUGGAUCUGGACAUAGCUCCUCUAAAGACCAAGCUGUCGUUUCUGGUGGUGAAGUGCCAGCAGAGGAACAGUCUACUAGUGCAGAUGAUGUGAGCCCUGCGUCGGUACGGCUGCCUGGACUACACUCUGACCCAGGAGGCUGAGGACCUGCUCACUGACACAGCACUGCAGGACUACACCUUCACACCCGUAUCCACCGCUGCUCUGCAGGAGAACACCCACCUUCUCCCACAGAACUAACAGAGUGCUCCAAUACCUCUCCUGCAGCCUCCACAGCACAUCUCCCCCUUUUUGCAGGUGAAUCAGUCCAAGUUACUGGAGUCCCAGACAGACGUGGGCUAUACCAAGCAGAGGUAAAAGGGGAAUACACCCUGGUUCCUGCCUGCUUCUUAAAGGAGAAUGGGAGACCACUCAUCGUGACUCCCCCCUGUGCCAGUCUGAGUAGGAAGCUUACCAGUCCUGAGAAGAUCAUCAACCUUCACCAGCAGCUGCAGAAGACCAACAGCUACCUGCUUCUCCCUUCCAAGACCAGACCCCAGGUUUACUCCAGUCCCCCUCCAGGUCAGGGGAACUCUCCAGGAUACCCCAACCCAAACCUUGCUGCCCCCAACCGACCCAAGCAUACCCCCAUACAGCUACCCCUUCUACUACAACUACUACUACCAGUGGUGGUGCUACCUCUUCUAAGCAAACCCUAAACAGAGAACCUCCAACUACUAACCCUCCUGUCCACACCAUCACUACCACUACUGCCCUUACCCGUGCUAAACAACCCCUCUCUAAAACUGGUUCUAAUACUGCUGCUACCUCUAAUACUACACCUCCUACCGCUAUGCUAUGGCUCAGACUGUUAAAGCACUAAGUACCACUGCCUCGUUGAACACUGCCCAAACCAAAACUGCCCCUCCAACAAUUACCCCUAAAACUACAGCCCCCACUAAAGCUGCCCCCUCCACCUCUGCUCUGCCCCCCAGUGAGAGGCCACGACUGCCUGAUGAGGACCACUGUGUCAAGAAGCCCGUCUUCAACUGCCAACCUGAACAGGCUAAAUCAACCAAACCCAGAGCUUAGCCGGAACCUCCAGCUGAGGUGGGCUCUGUUGAGGUCAUCAGGAUGGUGGGACAGAGCAGCCUCAUGAUUGGCUGGGAGCCUUUGUGUAUGGAUACAGGAUCUAUGUAGACGGGGAAUUCCACAAGUCUGUAAUGAGCUCUGCAUGCCUCAAGAUUUUCAGCCGCACUGUCCAGAAGCUCAAACGGCAAUGUUUGUGGCCAUCUACAACUGCAGUCCUCUGAGGGACACAGCCCUAACCUCCACCCCAGCAGAGAGCUGGCCCUGAGAGAGGGAGACACUGUCACGCUGCUAGGCAACCCCCGCAACGACGGCUUCUGUGACGCCGAGGUGAAUGGCAGACGAGGUCUGGCUCCUGUUGCCUUUGUAGAGGAAGUUCUUGUUCCAGACAGACAUGUAAGCCCCGCCCCUUCCCAAUUUCCUCCUGAGAGAGGAACAGAUGAUAGGCCACUGUGACUGCCAAUCAGAGAGAAGACAAGAUGAUAGGCCACUGUGACUGCCAAUCAGAGAGAGGACAAGAUGAUGGGCCACUGUGACUGCCAAUCAAAUAAUGCUUCCCCACAGAGAGAUUAUAGUGGCCAACAUUAAUGACAUCAUCAAACGCUGCCUGCCCGUGACACAAACAUUCGUAAGUGCUCACUGCCCAAAGUCAUUUGAAAUGGAAGGCUACAGUAAAGCACUAGCCUAAAUGUGUGUGUGUGUGUGUAUAGCCCAGUUUGACAUUGUGCUUCUAUACACAGAUGCUUUUAGCCUACAUCCUGCUCAUUGAGAUCAUGUCAAAUCACCUCUGUGCUUCAAAAUCCCCACUGUUCUGUGUCUAAUCUCUCGUGGACAGACGCACUUAGCAUAACUGGUAUCCUAGCUUCUGUCAGCAGACUGUGGGAUGCAACGACUAACGAGGAACUUUGUUCAGGUGCACAGAUUUUUCAUCACUGAUUAUUUUGGACAAAUCAUGAUUUCGCAGGUGUUUGCAUCUUUUCAAUUUCGGAAGAGGAGGGGACAUUUGGACCAUAGACUUCCCAUAACUUGCAACGGGAGUGGAGCUACCGGCCUGCUUCCGCUCCUCGUUCUAGUAUUGUUUCUAACACAUCUGCCCGCAGAACUCGAGCAUCUGACACAAUUACGCAAGACUUUAGUUCUGGGUUUCCGAGAUGAUUCUGUAUGUGACAAGUGUCAAAAAAAAAGGUGGGCCUGAAUGAUGUGACAACCUGUCUGUCUGACAACCUCUCUAACAUGGUGGUGAUAUCAAUGUGUUACAUGAGGAUGAAGCAACGUAGUUUUCACAAGGCCAUUUUACUUGAUCUUUAGAUAUCGAGCCAAAUAUAAAAAAAAAGAAGGUCCAUUCCAAAGACUUUGAUAUUUUUGUUCCUCGUUGUUAUAUUUACAAAAAAUGUUUUGGAUCAAAAUCAAAUCAUGAAAUUGAUUGUCUGAGAUGUUCUUCUACUGUAGAAUCGACUCAAUCUAUGAAGUCAUGUCAUUCAGAUGGAUAGAAGUUUAUGACAGAUAUAUUUUGUAGAGAUGAUUAAAUAACCUGAGGUAUGCAAA